UUCGACUCGGCCCUCGUAUAAAGCUGCGAGCCCCGAAUUCGAGUAUAUAUAAUGUGUUGGGUUCUCUGCCAUUGCCGAGAAUUACAGUUUGAAAACCAAGUAAUGACAUGAAUCCUCAACCCUAAGAUGUCCUCCAAUACUGUUGUGGCUAGUCCGAAAGUCCUUAACUUUCUCCAAAAGCUCCAUGCCGCUUCAUUGGCCCAAGAAUCCUCAUUCUCUCUCAGCGUUUUUUGGGUCUUCAAGCUCUUCCGCGAUCGGUUCUUCAAAGAAAGUUGGAAUACCCGCGAUGAUGACUUCAUGCGGGACAAAUUCAUUGCCCUCGAACCCGACAAGUGCGAGUUCCUCUAUCUGCUCGCGCGGACCACCGGUGCGCUGAACAUCGUCGAGGCUGGGACCAGCUUCGGUGUUUCAACCAUAUAUCUGGCUCUUGCUGCUGGACAAAACGCUGCCGCAAAGGCUACCUCCGGCCCAAUCAUUCCCGGACAGGGAGCAAGGGUAAUUGCUACCGAGAAAGAGCCGGAGAAAGCUAAAAAGGCAAGGCAACAUUGGAAGGAAGCUGGAGAGGAAGUGGAACCGUGGAUCACAUUGUUGGAGGGAGAUCUCCGCGAGUUGCUUCCCGUGGAGGUAAACAAAACUGAUCAGAUUGAUCUCCUCUUGCUCGAUAUUUGGACGCCAAUGGUCCUCCCUGCCCUGCAGGCCGUCCAGCCAAAACUUCGCCAUGGGGCGCUUAUUGUUGCUGAUAAUACCAAAAUGGCGCGAUCGGGCUACAAAGAUUUCUUUGACUAUGUUAACAAUCCAGCGAACGGGUUCAAGACAAUGACGACGCCAUUCAAGGGCGGGCUCGAGGUUGCGGUUUAUCUCCCUUGAAACACAGUCUAGUCGAUGCUUGUCGGCUUCAAUUCGAACGAAAAUAAAACAUUCAUGUCGAUUUUGUUGUUUGUCACUGUUAUAUUAAGCCGCAGAAUGUUUCUUGAAAUAUGUUUCUCUAUAGCGG